CAGUUGAGAUUUCAUUUUUCAAGAAGGAGCUUGCACAGCUGACGAUUCGUUGUUCUGUUUGGAGUCUUAUAGUUCUAUGCAGUGUUGAAAGCUUGAAAUUGGCGAACACAAAGAAACCAUUGAAUUGAAAUUCUGUGUCGCAGUCUUAUACAACAGCUGUAGUGGCAAUGGCGCGCAAGAAGGUGCUCUUAAUGGGCAAGAGCAGUGCCGGAAAGACUAGCAUGCGCUCAAUCAUCUUCGCCAACUACAUCGCCAGGGACACGCGGCGUUUGUGUGCUACAAUUGAUGUGGAGCACUCUCAUGUCCGCUUCCUGGGAAAUCUCGUCCUGAAUCUGUGGGACUGUGGCGGGUAUGCAGAGGCGUUCAUGGAAAACUACUUCACCAGCCAGCGCGACACCAUCUUCCGCAACGUGGAGGUGCUCAUCUACGUGUUUGACGUGAAGAGCGAGGAGCGUGAUAAGGACAUCCAUUACUACCAGUCCUGUCUUGAGGCAAUCCUGGAGAACUCGCCCAAAGCAAAGGUCUUCUGUCUUGUGCACAAGAUGGACUUGAUUGCCGAUAGUCACCGCGAUGCCGUAUUUGCACAACGGGAAGAAGAGUUGAAGCGGUUAUCACGACCUCUGGAGGUCACGGCGUUCAAGACGUCCAUAUGGGAUGAAACCCUCUACAAGGCCUGGUCGUCCAUAGUGUACCAGCUAGUGCCGAAUGUUAGUGAACUGGAAAGAAGCCUUCAGCAAUUUGCUGAGAUCAUUGACGCAGACGAGGUCUUGCUCUUCGAACGGGCAACUUUCUUGGUGAUAUCCAACUCUCUGCGUCGUGAGCAUCACGAUGACCAUCGUUUUGAGAAGAUCAGCAAUAUCGUAAAGCAGUUCAAGCUUAGCUGCAGUAAGCUCUCAGCUCAGUUCCAUAGCAUGGAGGUUCGAAACAGCCAGUUUGCUGCAUACAUUGAUGUCUUCACUCCUAACACCUAUGUACUGGUCGUGACCAGCGACUCCACGCUACCAUCCAGUGCUAUGUUGAUCAAUAUUCGUAAUGCCCGCUCUCACUUUGAGAAGCUUGAGCAGGCGCAGGAGAGUGCGGUUGUACGCUAGUGUCAGGCCCACAACAGCUGCUGCUGCUGCUCCUAGGCUGUAGGUGAGCAGAGAGCAUGCACGGAUGAACGGAUAUGCUUUCGACGGGCGUGCACAAGCAGGGCGGCCAUCUUCUCUCUAUCUCCUCUAGAUGUGUCCUGUCCACCGGAAACAUACACAGCAGUGCUCACAAUACAGGAGUGUGCAUAGUGCCAUUCAGACUUGCACUUCUGUCCGCCACUGGUAGUACCAGCAACAGCAGCAAUGUCAAGUCAUCUGUCAAGUCAUCCUCAGGUUGGUGAUGAGUUGCUUUCCCUGUAUCGGCAUACACGGCUCCAGCUUAGCCUGCCAACUAAAAAAAAAUCCAAACAAGAUAUCGAAAGACCCUUCUCUUCCUCUUGAGUUUAUUUAGCCAUCAUGUACAUAGAAUGACAGUGUGUGUGUUGUACAUGGUGUGUGUGUGUGUGUGUGUGUGCGUGUGUGUGUGCGUGCGCGCUUAGCUGUUCAUCAGGCUCAUAGUCCUGUUCAGUUCAUGUGAAGGUUAGUGACUGGGUGAGCAUAGCUCACAGGGCAAUUCUCAUGAUAGCUGUACAUCAGCAAUAGAGCUGUGUACCGUAUGCUAGGGUUUGGUCACGUGAAAGUGGCAUGCAACCUUCAAUGCUGUUCCGGUGGUGACAGUGAUUGAGUACACCUGUGCGCUUUUUCAACUACACCUGCUCCACCUGCGACCACUGUUCUUUACGUAGUGCUAAAUUUCAGCUUCUUGAUUUUGCUUGCUUCUGUGCGUUGGAUGAUCUGGUACUGAUUUGUGUAUUUUUUAUCACCAUACCUGCUUCUCGAAGUAAGACGAGAUUCGGCUCCAGCCUUCCUGUCGGAAUCGCUUUUUAAUAGUGCUGCACAGAAACAACUUCUAUCUGCCGCCAAGGCCUUGCAACCUGCUAUUACAGCACUUGAUGUAGUCUCUCAUCUCGAGGCGUGUAUAGCUCUCUCCCUCUCCUCUCUCUCUCUCUCUCUCUCUCUCUCUCUCUCUCUCUCUCUCUCUCUCUCUCUCUCUCUCUCUCUCUCUCUCUGGUUUUUAAACCCGAAGUCUGUGACUUUUUUCCUAUCACAGCCACCAUGCAGCUUCAAAGUAUGUUUCUUGUAUUUUCAUAGUGUGUCUUUGGACACAAGUAUAUAUAUUUUUUAUCACUCUAACCAUGGCUGAUUGGUGUGCUCCACCCAGCGCAAUGUGGAGUCUGAACUUAGGUCAAGAAAGGAGAA